CCCAUGGGGAGAGACAGACAGACAGGCAGUGAGGGAGCUUCUGGAGUCAUACCUUAUUUAUUAAACCGACUCGCUACUGACGGUCAGACUGACACUCUUGCUGCUCUAUCCGAUCUCCCCCUUCCUCUCCUUCUUCUUAUCUUCUCCCUUCCCGCAUUCCUUCCCUUCCAUCAACUUCUCCCGACUCCAUUCUGGAGCAACAUCUUCAAUUCUCCGCUGCUCGCCUGGUGAGGAGGGGAUGUCUUUGCACAUCUACAUAGCUCACACCGGUGAGCAUCUUCAGGCUGAUCCGGUGUCUUUGCCCUCACCAGAUGCACUGCGGACAUGGAUUACCCGCAACACUUCGAUUCCUCCGCAAAGGCAGAUCUUGAUGACUGCCCGGGGUAAAAAUGUCAAGACCCAAACACUUGCUACGGAGAGCGAGAUAUUCGUGUACGAUAGACGCUAUGUCAGCGAGCCCAACACCUUCGAGCUUCCGGAACUCCCUCCACCGCAACCACUCACCCGCGAUGAUCCGCCCGAUACCUUGACCAAUCAAAACGACCUACAAGCAUGGAAGGCUCUUUAUAGUGCCAGGAAAGACUGGGCCCUCAGCCUCACAGAACGCUGCGCAACCGCGGAUAAACAAAUUCAUGAGCACAACGAGCGAACAGACAUCAUCAACCGAGCGGCCGGUGUAGCUCUCGAGAACCUCAAAACCCAUGUGGGCACUCUGGAACACCGCUUUCAAGAGGCGCAGACAUGGGCGAAUGACUUGCUGAAGGAACAGCACGCGGCCUUGGAUGGAUGGAGGAAAGCUCUUGCAUCGUUGGACAACAUUCCGGCUCGGAGAGAUUUCAACUUCCUGGGCCGCCCGUCAACGCCGACCAAGAGCGACGAUCGGCUGAUGGGAACCCUGAGAAAUUAUGUGGACGUGGAAGAAGUGCAAAGGGCCGGCGAGGAAGCACCAGAGGAGUCUGCGCGCUUUGCGCAAGACGUUAGCGAUAUUGAGAAAAGCGUGGGUGAGAUUGCAGCGGAUACACAACGCUUGGUGGAUGAUGCGUUUCCUACCGGCGUGGAUGAUGUGGAUGGUCUGCUGCAAGAAGUGGAAACCAUCUCUAAGAAGAUACAAUCCGACUACGAACAUGUCCUGGCUCUGUCCAAUAAUCAAAAAGCGCUGGCCAAUAUAUCUAGACUCGCACUCAGCCACACCAAAGACUUGCUUCCAUCGCUGCUGGACAUCGGUAGCGAAAUCCAGGCUGGCCUGGAAGAAGCUGUCAAUCGGUAUAACGCCGCGAUUAAAGCGGCUUCUAGUCACAUGCGGCUCAUCUCGUCGAUCGAGUCACGCCUGGCUGAUGUGCAGACCCGGAUCACUAACCUCAACUUCCGAAGCGACGCGUUUGACAUCAUCUACUCCGUAUUCCACAUGCCCAUGGUCUACGGUUCCGUUCUGAUUGAAGCAACGCGACGUCGUGAGUUCAGUGACAAGCUGAAGAAUGAUUCUCUGACCUUAGCGGAAGAGAUGUCAGUCUUUCGCGAGGAGGAACAGCGGCGCCGCAAAAAGUGGAUGAAGAACAUGGGGGAGUUUUUAUCAACAUCGGAUACCUCAACACCUGGCAUUGAAGUCAAUCUACGAGGUCAGGAGUAUGAAUGGCCCGUUGUCAGCAGAAAGGAAAUUGAAUCAUACAUCGAGGACCUGAAGACCAAGACUGGCAUGGCAAACUUGGCGCAGGAUCUUAGCCAGCUUUACAAAGAGUUGGACACCCCCACCCGCUUACAGCGCCGCAGAUCGAAGGCUUUCAAGCAAGGCAGUCUCUUUGAUCUUAGUCGAAGCUCCGUCUUGCUGCGCAGCGAUGACAUGGUUCGAAGCUUGAGGGACGAAAAGGGCAAACUUGAGGAGAGGCUGAAAGGUUCUGAAAGUCGUAUAAGAAAGCUGGAAGACCUUCUACAUCGCCAGAGCCAUAUGAGUCGGCCGUCUAGCGGAGCCUUCUCGCUAGACUUUCCGAGUUCACCCGCGUCACCUCAUCCUGAUCCCCUUUCUAGACGAUCUUCCGUGUCAUCACGACGGAUGUCUGCCAACCAGUCACCUGAGGAAAAGGCGCUCAUUCAACGCAUUGUGCAUCUCGAAGCGGAGUUGGCAGCAGAGCGGGACACAGUGCAGCGGCUGCAGAAAGAAGCGCAUGCAGAACGCCAAUCGAACACCGACAAAAUUCAGGAAGAACAGUCGACGAAGAAAGAUCUUAUUGGCAACCUUGAAGCCCGGCAGCGCGAGUUUGACGAUGAGAGAAGAUACCUCGAGGGCGAACUAAAACGGCUGAAAAUCCGUACGGAGGAAAUGGAAGAAGAGCUAGACAGGAAUCUGGACAUCCGUGAGCAUGAUAAGCAAGAUACUGAUGAGCGAAUUCACCAGCUUGAAGCAGAGUUGCAAGAUGCUCACGCCCGCGCCGAAGAAGAAUCACACAAAGCUACUGAAUUAAUAAAGCAAAUGGAGCUUGACAAGGAUGCGGCCAAGGAUCUUGAUUCUCGUCUAACUGAAUUACAGAACCUCAUUGCAGACAACGAGAAGAUGGAAAGAGAGAGCCUUAAUUCCCUACAAGCCGCUUUCAUGAAUCUGUCUCCGGGGGGUUCUGUUCCUGCCAAGGCCCUGGACAUCAUCAAGGCAAUCGAGGUGCUGUCUGAAGGACUGUCUAUUCAUGCUAAGAAUGCGGAGGAAAAUGCCUUGAAGGCUGCAGCGGAGUACAAAGAGCUUGAAGAGCGUUUGGACCAGAUGGGGCCGGAGGCCGAAUACUUGCGGAAGAGUGUAGAUGAACGGGAAGCGGAUUUGUCUCGCGUUCGCGAAGAGCUAGCGCAGGAGAAGUCCAAAUUAGAGCUUGUGAUGUCUGAGCUGGAUGAUGAGCGAUCAAAGCUCAUUGCACUCCAAACCCAAUUUGCCGCGGGUGAGAAUGGCUCUGAUGCUCUCCGAGAGCGCGUCACGCAGGAAGAACGAAAGCUGACCAACCUCUCUCAACGAUUGGCCGAGGUCGAGUCCCUUGCUCGUCAGUCAGAAGAAGAGGUCACGACCUGGAGAAAGAAGGUGGAGGCGAUAUCAGAAGCCGAGCAACGGGCUACAGUCCGGUCUGAAACAUGCGGGCUCAGGUCUCAACAACUCUCGAAACAACUUUUCUCGCAGGUCGAGAAGCUGGAGCACAUGCUCGAGCAGCUCGGAUUUAUUACCAUCCGGCAAGACGGGAAUAUUGUGGUUCAAAGAGCCUCAAAGGUGGCCAAUACCAUGUCGCUCACAGGAGAAAGUUUUAACCAGUCCGGAAUGGUGCCUGUGAAGCCAGACGCGAGUCUUCUGACCUGGAUGCAUGCCGAAACCAAAGAGGAGGAGACUGAUAGGUUCAUGGCUUUUAUGGAGUGUUUGUACCAGUUUGACGUGGACAUUUUCGGUGAUGCCGUCGUCAAGCGCGUCAAGGACAUCGAGAUGCUCGCUCGGAAGUGGCAGAAGGAGGCCCGUGGGUAUCGCGACAAAUACCACCGGACGCAAAGUGAAGCGCACGAGAAGAUCGCGUAUCGGUCCUUCAAGGAAGGCGACCUUGCUCUAUUUUUGCCCACGAGGAACCAAGCGAUCCGGUCAUGGGCAGCGUUCAACGUCGGCGCGCCCCACUAUUUCCUGCGCGAGCAAGAUGUGCAUAAACUCCAGACCCGGGACUGGUUGCUUGCUCGCAUCACCAAGAUCGAAGAACGGGUUGUCGACCUUUCCAAGUCUAUGAACGGUGCCAAUCCUGACCGACGAUCCAUCGAGGAAGUGAGCGAUGGCACCUCCUUCGACGAUGAGAACCCCUUUGAACUGUCGGACGGUCUUCGCUGGUACCUUCUGGAUGCCACAGAAGAGAAGCCUGGGGCCCCCGCGACACCGGGUCUGGGGAAGAGCACCGUUGCGCCGGCGCACGUCGACGCUAAGGGUAGCAUCCGACUGAAGCGAACCUCCGCCGGAGGGGACGUCGCCAAGACCCUGUCAAAAAGCCUCGAUAGCCGGCGAAACAGCUCCAAUUCUAAAAAGGCACCUUCUACGCCGUCACAGCGCGGCAACGAAUCUACUACCGAUCUGGCCCGGCAGGCCGAGGAAGACCCUGCCGCUGUGGCUGCUAGCUCACGACCACGGGAGGCACCGUCUAAUGCCGAUGAGGUUCGCCGCAACCCACUCCAGGGUCCGCAGAACUCGAGAUAGCUGCGGCUCUUCCCUCGAUUGCACGCCCCUCUGGGGUUUAUUUUGGGAGCUGACGAAACGUCACAGGGUGCGGGUCAUGUCCUUGAGAAUCCAUUCCGUCAACAGCCGUCGUUUUAUCCCGGGGCAAGAAGCUCCUCUUCGUCGGUGCGUCUA